UCAGAUGAGAUUGCUUUGUACGAUCGUCAGAUUAGAUUGUGGGGUAUGGCGACUCAGUUGCGUUUGAGAUCCGCAAAGAUACUUAUUAUACGAUUUGGAGGAAUAGGGACGGAAAUUGUGAAGAAUCUCGUACUUGGAGGUAUCAAUUCCAUCGAAAUUAUGGAUAAUUCGGUAGUUAAGGAAGAGGAUUUUGCUACCCAAUUCUUUCUUCCUAACGAUGAUAGUGUGAUUGGCAAGCCAAAGUUGCCUUUGGUCAUUGACAGAAUAAAGGAACUCAAUAGCCUAGUUAAUCUCUCUAUCAAUAUGGAUCCUUUGGCAGCUUUUGAGAAUCCACAGUACUUCACGCAAUUCGAUUUGAUAGUUGCUACAGAAUUAGAUAAGACUACGCUUUUUCAGCUAAAUGACAUCACAAGAAGUUUUAAUAUCCCGCUCUAUGUUGCUGGAGUUCAUGGAUUAUUCGGCUAUAUAUUUGCUGACUUAAUCAAACAUGUAUCUGUCAGUGAAAAAGAUACAGGCAAUCAACACAGAGAGCCCAAUACAAAAUUAACAAGAACAAAGACGAUUACUGACGUGGCUUAUGACGAAAAGACUAAGAAGGAAACUAUCACCAUAAGUGAUGACUUUGUGCCCAUUUCUGAGGUAUUGACUUCUCGCAACUUGCCCACCCAGUUGAAUAAGAGACAGAUGAGAAGGUUGUCUGCAGCUUUACCAUUGAUAUUUGCACUCUUUGAUAUAAAUAAACCAGCUGAUCCUGAACAAGUUGUGGACGAAGAAUUGUUGGCAGAACAAGGUAGAAAAGUUUGUAAAGAAUUGCAAAUUCCAACUACUGUCAUCAGUGAAGAAUACGUUAGAUUGUUAAGCAAUCAAGCAUAUACCGAAUAUGCUCCUGUCACCGCUAUUCUUGGAGGAACAUUGGCCCAAGACAUCAUACAAUUCUUGAGUAAGAAAGAAAGUCCAAUUAAUAACGUCUUGAUAUUAGAUUCCAUAAAGUCAGAGAUGCCUAUAUAUGCUCUAUAG